AUGGAAGAUGGCUAUGUGUAAGAGUUGUUUAAGCUAUUUCGAGAAUCAUAAUAUGUUCAACCUCCAAAAAAACCUAUUUCUGCUUAUGAAAGAUUUGCAGGGAAUUAUGAAUAAGCAUGCAAUGAUAAGAGUCUAUCUCACAAUUCUGAGUCGGCUAAAAGAUAAUGGGAAAACUUGGAAAAGGAACUCAAAGAUGAAUAUUUUCGAUUAUCAAAGAAGGAUGACGAACUCUAUGAAAAAUUGCUCCGCCAAUAUCAUUCUAUUUCUAACCUCAUUAAGAAAAAGAAGGCUGACGGAUCAGUGUUGUUUUUCUAGGAUAAAGGAGUAGAUAGGGGGUUAACUAAUCUUCAAUAAUUAUGGGAUGAGUUAAGUAUUGAGGAAAAGUAAAUCUAUGGAUAGAAAGCAUAAUAAAAUUGCGAGGACACUAUCAAGGCCUCGAUAGAAGAAUAUAUUGCAGACUAUGAGCAUUACUUGACUCAGUAGAAUGAAAAGCCAAAAGACUUAAAAUUUAUACAAAAGAUAGAGGAGGAGCAAGACGAAAUAGAUUAGAUCGAUAUCAUCAUAGGAAUAAAACGUACCAAUGGAAAGAAGGAGUAUUUGGUCAGGUUUAAGGGUAGGACUGGUAAGGAUGCAAAGUGGUUCCCAAAGAAAAAACUAAGAAAAGUGAAAGAAAUGGUUAAGGAAUUCGAGGAAACAUAUUUCAAAUAAUCAUUUUAAGAAGUUGAUUCAAGUAGUGGUUUUGAUUCAACCCCUCCUGAAUAAAUUUUCUAAGAAAACGAAAAAGAUGAUAAGUAAAUAAACUAAAAUGAUUCAUAAGAAGAUGAAAAAAACAACGCUAAAGAAACGACACAAGUAUAAAAAAAAAAAUUGAUGUCUCAACCCAAAAAAUUAUAACCCUAAGAAAACAAGAGCAACUCUCACCUUCCAGAAUCUAGUAAAUAAUCAAAAAUUUAAGCUAGACCCAAUAAAAACAAUGUGACUAAACCCUAAAAAUAAUAAGUUAAAUAAGAGAAAUCAAAAAACUAAAAACAAUAAUCAAGUCGAUCUUAAGUUGAUGUAAAAUAAACAAGUAAAUAAGUUUCACUUGAAAAAUCAAUAAAAUCUGCUAAAGAGGUUUAAAAAUAAAAAGAUAAUGUUUAGAGUAUUUAAUAGGUUCUGCAAAAAAGGACUGCCAAAACACCUAACUCAGAUGUUAAAUUAGAGAAGCCUAUAAGUAAAAGAGUUAAGAAAUAAGUUGAUGAAAAAUCUGCAGAUAAACCUACAAUAAAGACAUCUUAAUAACAAAAAUCAAAAGAAGAUAAGUAAUCUAAACAAAAAAACUAAGAAAUAUAAGAAUUACCUAUCCUCAGAAGAUAGGGUAGAAGUAAAGACACUCUAUAUUCUGAGGCAUAAAAAGCAUCAACUACAAAAUUAAAUCCUAAAACCCAAAAGCAAGAAAUCAAGGACAAUAAAUUGUCUAAGAAACAACAAUAGGUUGUGGUUUAAUAAAAAAAUUUAAGUCGCUCUAACCAAAAAUAAAAACAAGUAAGUUAACAAAAAUAAUCAAAAAAUGUAUAAAAUAAAUAAUAAUCUAUAUAAUAAUCAGUUGUUUAGGCAAAAACCAGAAGUAUAAGUGUUUAAUCUAUUAAGUCGAAUCCUAGUCAAAUUUAAUAAAAAAAAUAAAUUUCAAAUAAAAAAAAUCGAUCUCAAUCUGUCGAUGCUCCAAUUAGAGUGACUUAGAAAAGUCCUGAAAAUAAAGUUAUUAUGAGAAGCAGAAAUUCAACCAAAACAAAUGAGAGCAGUAAAAGUCUGAAGAAGGUGUCAACACAAUAAAAUUAGGAAGUGAAAAAAAGUUAAUAAAAAUAAUCAACUAAAGAAGUACAAGUUCAAAAAGGAAAAUCAAAGGCUGUUAUAUCCAAUAAAAAUUUGAAUAAUACUAAUAAAUAACCUACUACUACAAGGAGGGAGAGUAGAAAUUCUUUAAUUAAGAAUCCUCGUAAAAUCAACAAAAAAAUAUCAAAAAAAAGUAUAAAAAACAAAAAACAAGAAAUUACGAAGAAAAAGCAAAUAACAGCAGAAUAAGUAAGUGCCAAAAAUAGAAGUACAAAUUAAAAGCCCAUUCCUAAAGUUGCUUUCAGAUAAACGAGGUAAUUGAGAAGUAAAAAGUCUUAAGAUGUGGGAAGAAGAAAGCACUGA